GGGGGCCCCGACGGGGCGGCCCGGAGCACAGAGCCCAGCCGGGGAGCAGGAGGAGGCCACAGGAAGCUGCAUCUUGGCCUAGGCUGCAGCUCUGCCUGACCGGACAGCAGCGCGGGGGCACCCACCAGGCUGCAGGACCGGCGCUGGGGUACACACCCCGCCCCGGGGUCCAUGUGCCCGCCCCAGGCCCAGGCAGAGGUGGGGCCCACCAUGACUGAGAAGGCAGAACUGGUGUGUGCCCCCAGCCCAGCGCCCGUCGUGUCCCCCAAGUCUACCUCGCCUGGGCACCCGCGGGCGGAGGACGUGGGCCGCCGAGGCUCCUCGCCCCCUAGGCUGCCCCCUGGUGUGCCGGUGAUCAGCCUGGGUCACACCAGGCCCCCGGGGACAGCCAUGCCCCCCGCGGAACUCAGCACCCUGCCACUGCCACUGCUGCAGCUCUCUCCCCUGGGAACAGCCCCUCCCACCCUGGCCCUGCACUAUCACCCUCACCCCUUCCUCAACAGUGUCUACAUUGGGCCGGCAGGACCUUUUGCUCUUUUCCGGAACAGUCGGCUCAAGCGGAGACCGAGCCACUGUGAGCUGGACCUCGCUGACGGGCAGCAGCCCCAGAAGAUGGCCCGGCGUGUGUUCACCAACAGCCGCGAGCGCUGGCGGCAGCAGAACGUUAACGGCGCCUUCGCCGAGCUCAGGAAACUGCUGCCGACUCACCCGCCCGACCGGAAGCUGAGCAAAAACGAGGUGCUGCGCCUCGCCAUGAAAUACAUCGGCUUCCUGGUGCGGCUGCUGCGGGACCAGGCGACCUCGCUGGCCGCGGCUCCCGCCCCGCCCGGGCCCCGCAAACGGGCUGCGCAUCGAAGCGUGGACGACGGCGCCCGCCGGGGCUCCGGACGCAGAGCCGCCGAGGCAGCUGCGCGCUCGCAGCCCGCGCCCACGGCUGACCUCGACGGCAGCCCCGGGGCGGCGGCCCGACCCAUCAAGAUGGAGCAAGCGGCUUUGAGCCCCGAGGUGCGGUGACCCCGCACGGCAGCGGCGGCGGCGCCUCUGAGUCGGCGGGCACUGGGGGACUCGGCCCACGGCCAUCGCUCAGGAAUAAACACCCUCAAAGAGAGAAGGGGCCGGUGAGGACGUGCCGGAUAGGGAGACCCUGGGGAGGGGGGGUUCUGGAAGGGGACCCUGAAGACAUUUAAAAAAAAAAAGCAAAAACAAAACCACGCACUGCCCGCUGGAAGUGGCCUUGCCCGUGUCCCCUUCGCCAAGGUCCAGGAACCAACAACGAGCGGUCAUCGGACCCAUUGCCCCCGAGCUGGGAGUCCACUGGGGGGAGAGGCAGGGCCGGGGAGUCGUCGCUCUUGUCGUUGGCGCCCCCUCGCGGAGUCCCGGGAGACACACGCCCCCCACCCCAGCCCUGGACGGCGUCUUGCUGCGCGCGUGUGGAGAGCGCGCUGGGCACGGGGAGACCCACCCCGCCGCCCCCGGCCCCGGCCCCUGCCCCGGACUCCCGGUCCCGACGGCGUCAGCGAAGGCUCAGGCGCUGUUGCUUUUGUUUGUCUUUAUUUCUUUAUUUCACAUACACAUUAGCCAUUCAAUGGAGAAGCCGGAGAGUCAGGCAAAGAUGGUAUAACCGUAGCGCAGUGACGGGGCGGGGCGGGGCGGGGCGGGGCGGGGACAGACGGGCUGGCUGCCUACUUGCAUUCCGCUAGGACACUGAAACCCAGAAAACAAAACAGACAGUAAACUACCCUUGUUUCUUAUGUAUCUCAGUGCAGAGACGGGGGGACUGGGGGCGGCAGGGGGUGGAAGGCAGAGAGAGAGAGAGAGAGAGAGAGAGAUAGAGAGGGGAGACCAGGCUGAAGGAGGAGGAGCCAGGGACGGGGGCGCUAAGGGGAAGCACACCAAAUCCAUUAGUACUAUAUAUAGAGAUACUCGUAUAUACUGCGUUUCUUAGCCUAAGAAGAAACUUGUUUGACGGGACGGGCGGCCUUUGCGGUCCGCGAUGCUGGUGUUGGUCGGGCGCACGGAUCUCCCGGGAGAGGCCGAGGCGGGGCUGGCCCAGGCUGGCUUGCUGGGGUGGGGUGGGGGGCGCCCCGAGGGUGGGGAGGGGGGGGGGGAGCAGAGGCGGGGCUGAGGAGCCCCUCGGGCUGUCGAUCAGGGGACGAAAGUUGUGACCUUUAUUGCUCCUUUUUUCUCUCGUGUGUGUGUGUGUGUGUGUGUGUGUGUGUGUGUGUGUAGGUUUGGAGGAUGGGGGGCUGUCCGUUCAGCACGGUCGGGGUUCGAGUGGGGGAGAGUGUGUGUGUGUGUGUGGUGGGUGUCGUCUGAGCCACCCGGCCCCUCUGGGACCCAGAGCGCAGCGUCCGCUCCGCCAGCACGGGGGUGAGAACAAGGCACUAGGUCGGCCGGCCAGCGCGGGGGGCGGGUGUGUAAGGCAGUCGACGGGGCUGGUCGCGGAGGGUGGGGCGGGGCUGUGUGCGUGCGUGCGUGCGGGCGCGGGCCUGUCCCGGAGCGUGGAGCCUUCCCCCGUGCCCCCCGGAGGGCGCCGGGGACUGGAGGGAUGCUGUUGAGUGUUGUUGGUGGGGGGCGCCGGGGACGGGGGAGCUGGGGGGAGGGGAAAGGACCAACUUGCUAGCGCGCUCCUGGGAAUGCUGGUGACGGUCAAGUUGGCGUCUGGCUCAAAGAAGGGCGCUCGGGGGCGGGGAGGGGGGGACGUUUGUUCGUUGGCAUUGACCUCUGCGGGGGGGAGGGGCCGGGACCCCCCGCCGCGCCCCUGUGCCCGGGCGGGGAGGGGGCGAGGAGGGGGCGCUGGGCCCUGGGGAGGGGGCGCCCCGGGGAGACCCGCGGCCGGAGCAGCCCCAGCCGCCGGGCGCUUGCCGCUGUCCCGUUCCGUUAAACUCAACAAAGAAGGGAUAUGCGUGUUCCUAACAAGUGCAGGAUAUUUGAUUCAUAAACUUAUGUAUAAUAGUUUGUGGGUUUUUUUUAAAACGUACUUUUAUAAUGUUAAGCACCAGGGUUUUUUAUGUUUAAUUAUUUUAAAAAUAAUUUUUCUCUCGUCCUUUUCCUUUUUUUUUUUUUGAUCUGUGGUGGUUUUUAAUAUGUCGAGGUGGUUUUUAAAAAAAUUUUUUUGUAACUCUGAAAUGUUGAAUGUUUCCUUCAGCCCUCCCACCGAAACUGAGAACGAAACGACGAAACAAAUAAAAACCCCAGAUCAUUCUCGUCAACGCAAGAAAACGACUUUAAAAAAAAAGUGAAAACGAACAAAAAAAAAUAAUAAAA